CUUCUAGUUAUUCUAUGUAAUGUUCUAAUUAUGAAUGCUGGAGAAUAAUUGAAAACCCUCAUAUCUGUUGAAGACCUGCAGACGAAAAUUUCUUUAUCUUAAACUCGGCUUACACCUUAAGUUUUAAACCUUCAGCUCCGCUCUGUCAAUUUAAAAGAAAAUGCAUAUUGUAAUGAAGCCAUUGAUCAUUUUCCAUUGAGUUUUUUAUCUGUUCAUUCAUUCAUUCAUUCAUUUAUUGAUUAACCUGAAUUAGUCAGUUCUAACCAAAUACCUACUAUAUAUAUAAUUCUAUAUACCUGAUUUAAAGUUAGAAUAGUUGAUCUAUGCUUAGUUAAGCUAGGCUUAGUUGAUCCGACUUAGUUACCUUCUCAACUAAGGAGAACUUGACUAGUUAUAUUUCAGAGAGAAGAUGGACAGAUUGACUGUCAAGUGUGGCUAGCUGCCCCCUUUGCAGUUUCCAGAUGACAGAACAGAGCAUUCCCGAACCCACUAGUCCGGCCUUACGUGCCCAGCGGUUUGGUUUGGGAUUGUUGGUUCUCCUGGCUGUAGAUUUUAUCUGGGUCGCAUCUUCAGAGCUCACAGAGUUUAUCUUCAAAACACAACAUUUUAGUAAACCAUUCUUCUCUACUUAUGUGAAGACCUCGUUAUUUAUGUUAUACCUACCCGGGUUUAUCCUCUACAAACCAUGGAGAGAACAGUGCAAUAUGUCGCGCAAUAUAAGACGUGCAAGGCUUGGAAUUCAGGACACAGCUCAACUCUCGCUUACAUUCACAUUUCUUUUUUUCCUUGGCAACUACAGUUAUCAGGCUGCUCUAGCUAAUACCGAAGCUGGUAUAGUGAAUGUGUUGUCAGCUAGUUCUUGUUUUUUUACUCUUCUCCUCUCAGCUGUAUUUCCUUCAAAUUCUACAGAUUCACCAACCUUAACUAAAGUAUUUUCUGUUGGGUUUACGCUGGCCGGUGUCAUUCUAGUCUCCUACUCUGACCUUAAACUGGAGGAUGGGUUCCCUAAAGGAGCACUCUGGGCUCUCUCCGGAUCCUUGUCCUACUCCGCCUACAUCGUCUUCCUCCGUCGGAAGAUCGAUCACGAGGAUAAACUUGAUGUUCCAAUGUUCUUCGGGUUUGUGGGUUUCUUCACCUUCAUCUCCCUUUGGCCGCUGUUCCUGGUUCUCCACUACACGGAGCUGGAGGUGUUCGAGUGGCCGAACAAGACCCAGUGGUUCUCCAUGCUGGUGAACGGUGUGGUUGGGACGGUACUCUCGGAGCUACUCUGGUUGUUCGGCUGCUUCUACACAUCCAGUCUGGUUGCAACCCUCGCCAUCUCUCUUACUAUUCCUCUAACUAUGUUUGCUGAUGUUCUAGUUAAGCAUAUUCAGUAUGAUGAUCUCUUCUAUGUUGGUUCAGUUCCGAUGUUUCUUUCUUUCUUUAUAGUUGCAGUCCUUACACAUUGGAACAAUUGGGAUCCGAUUCUAGACGGGAUUAUAUUUAUCCGAGAAAAACUGAAGGUGUGCUGCGGAUGCAAAAAUGCGCCAAAUGAGACUUCAAGUUCUGAAACUGUAGAAAACGAAGCUUUAAUCCUUCCCGAUGAUACAAGUUCAUGUCCAAAAGCAUAAUUUGUCAUGUGAUCCUACUUAUAUUACGUGACAUGACCAUAGGGACACGUGAUCAUUCUACUGGCGCAUAAUCUUACAUCGUUCAACACUGACUUGCAUUACAUAUAUUGGGUCAACACCAAAGAUAUAAUAUUCAUACUGUACCAGCAACUAUGCAUAUAUUUUUAUUAUUAUUAUUAUUAGUGCAUAUCCUUACUUUUGUUUAAUUUAAGGCCUACUUAAGGUUUUCUUAGAUGUGUGAUUUGAAUACGUAAACAUAUUGUAAUACAUAUAGACCGGGGGUAUGUUUUUUAGUGCAUUAGACCUGUAAUUAAUUUUGAUU